UAGGAAAAAUCCGACAGUAAGCUUCACGGACAUGAGGCAGGAUUAUACAAAUAAAGGAAUACAAAGCCAAGAUAAAGGAAAAUUACAAAAAGAUAGUUAUAGAAAACAUAAAGUCUUAAGAAAGGAAGGGGAUGAAAGGAGAACACCCAUGUCUGAUGGUAGCAAGUAUUUGGACCAGAUAAGAUCUCACAGAGCAAAAACAGAUGACAAGUCUGAGAAAUCACGGCAGUACAAGGAAAAGGAGGCCAUAGAAGAAAGAAUUAAACAGAAAGAAAGGGAAAUGCAAUUAUUGAAACAAGAAGAAAGUAUGAGAGAAAGGAAAGCCACUGAAAGAUUAGAAAAGAAAGAGUAUGAGUUGGACAAACUGAUAGCUGAGCAAGAAGAGUAUCAAAGGAAGUUAGUUGUAAGACAGAAAGAGCAAGAGUUAGAGUUUUUGAUGGAGAAGAAGAGAUUAUCAGAUGAAGUGGAAUCAUUUAAGCAGCAAUUAAAUGAGGACAUGUUAAGAAAAGAAACAGAAAUGAGACAAAGGCAUGACAUGAUAGAGGAGAUAGUAAGGAAAGAUAUGGAAAUGAGAAUUAGAAAAGAAAUGGAGGAAAAUAUCAGAAAAGAAUUGGAAGUAAAAAUGCAAAAUGAUACAAAGGAGGAGCGACGAAAACAGGAGGAAUCGGAAAGAAGGAAGAUGUUAGAUAGUGAAAGAGAAAUGGAAGCAAGAAACCGAAAGGAAAUAGAAGAAAGAAGAAGAAAAAGGGAACAAAGAGAGAAAGCAUUGAAAUUAAGGAGAGAGAAGCAAAAGGAGAAGGAAGAUGAGCUGAUGAAAAGAAUACAGACACUUAAAGUUAGAGAGGAGGAAGUAAAUGCUGAACAAGAGACGGAAAGCACUGAUGAUGAAGAAGGCAAAGAAAUAGAGGAGAGAAUAAGACGAUUAAGGGAAGAAAAAGAAAGCUUGGAAAAGAGACAUAAAGAGAGAAGGGGGAAAGCAAAGGAUGAUAAAAAGGAGCAGAAAGAUGAAGAAGAUACGAGAAGAUUACUCAGCAAGCCCAAAAUACCACAGUUUGACGGAAACCAGUUUGAAGAAUGGAAAUUGGAAAUAACAAGUCUCAUUGAAACAAAGCUUUACAAGGAAUACAUACUGGCCCAAGCCGUAAGAAAUUCGAUAACAGGAAAAGCAAGAAAAGUUCUACUGACUCUGAAACCAUCAGCUUCCACUAAGGAGAUACUGAAGAAAAUGGAGGACAUCUAUGGAAAUAUUAGAAGUGGAGAUUCCAUCAUACAUGAUUUUUACUCGGCAAAGCAGACCAGAGGAGAGCCGUGUUCAGAAUGGGGUGUUAGAAUAGAGACGCUAUUUUAUCAAGCACUGGAGAGAGGUGAAAUAGAAGAAUCAAGAAAGGAUUCAAAGUUAAAAGAGCGAUUUUGGAGAGGACUUUUAUCUGAGAAAAUAAAGAUAGCUACAAGAUCAGCAUAUGAAUCCUCAGGAUCAUUUGAUACCCUUCGAAAGAAAGCAAGGAUUGAAGAAUUAGAAGUAGAAAGCGAAACUUUACCAUCAGAACAUGGAGUGAAAGAAUCAGAUGUCAAGUCAGUGAUUCGAAAUAUUCCAGAACAAGUGAAUACACACCAACCAAUACGUAGAGCAGAAGAAACGAACGCAACGAUGGAUGAACUAUUGAAAAAGAUGAUGGAAUUAGAGAAAGAAAUCAGAGACAUAAAAAGUAACCAGAGUGGAAAUACAGAGAGUAAAAGAGGAACAGGCGGAUACAGACCACGACCAUAUGGAAGGCCUUAUAGAUGGAGACGAUAUGGAGAUGAUAGAAGUGUUGAUGAUAAUUCGAAGAAGUCGGAGGAAAAGAAAAAGGAAACCCCACCAAAAGACCAUUCAUCAGAGAAGUCAAAGGACAAUUUAAACUAGAUGCGGUCUCUGUUGAGGGGCAAACAAGAGACAUUCGUCAAAGCCCUGAAAUGAAUAGAAAUAUGUUUCACAGAAUAGUUGGAGAUAGCAAUGAAAGUACAAUUAUAGUUGAAGAUAUAACAACAAAAGGCCUAAUUGAUACUGGAUCCAUGGUAACCACAAUUUCUGCCAAGUUUUAUGAAUCAUUAGAUCCUGUUCCACCAUUAUAUUCGUUAGACGAGUUUGAAUUGGACAUCAAAUGCGCCAGCGGACAAAGUUUACCAUAUUGUGGCUGUACUGAAAUAGACAUCAAAAUUCCAUCAUUAUCGGACACCGUCUUCAACAUUCCUGUACUAAUCGUUGAGACCACCGAUUACCAUCAAUCUGUCCCAGUUAUCAUUGGCACGAACUUAAUAAGAGAAGUAAAGACAAACUCAGAAAAUAGAUCAGAAAGUGAAGCUUCAGCUUGGAAUAUGGCAUUUGAAGCAAUUUCCAAUUGUUCAGUCGGAACCGUUAAAUCAACAAAACCCAUUACUCUACAUCCAAUGGAAACAAGAACAGUAACAGGAUUUGUCCGGAAGCAAAAGAAUACAAAGGCAGCA